CUGAGCCGUCCAAACCCAGGGGAGCAUAUAGUCUGUGCUAGCGAAACAGGCUGCACCUGCACCUCUUACUCCACACUGUUUGCACACGAAAUGGGAGCACCAAUCCAAUCUGGCCCGGCUCAGGACACGCUGACCGUGCGUGACAACCGCACAGGCAAGACUUACACAAUUCCAAUCGUGGAUAAUGCAGUUGAUGCCAGUGGCUUCAAGACUAUCAAGUCUCCUGCUAAGCCUGGAGAGCGGCCGGAGAAUGAAACAGAGAAGGGUCUGCGAGUUGCUGACAAGGGGUUCCUGAACACAGCUGUCAUACAGAGUCGGAUAACAUACAUAGACGGAGAGGCAGGAGUCUUGCGGUACAGAGGAUACCCGAUUGAGCAACUCGCCGGACGCUCCUCACAUCUAGAAUGUGCCUAUCUCCUGAUUUACGGCUCUCUCCCAACACGCAGUCAACACAAUCACUUCGAAUCUGAGGUCUUGAGGCAUGGCGUCAUGCAUUCGGACGCACAGACGUUCUUCCGUUCUUUCCGAUAUGACGCACAUCCCAUGAGUAUGCUUACAAGUGCAUUUGCUAUGCUUGGUUCCUAUUACCCUGAGGCCAACCCAUCGCUGCAAGGGCAACGCCUCUAUACAGAAGGCGAUAGGACCUCACUUGAAAAUAUGGACAGGCAAAUCUAUCGUAUCAUUGGCAAGGCCACUACUCUUGCAGCAAUGGCAUAUCGUGUCCGUCAAGGUCGUGACUUCGUGACGCCUCCAACGGGGCUUAGCUAUACAGGCUCGUUCCUGUACCAGAUGGACCAUCUUGGCGAGGAGAACUAUGCACCUAAUCCCGUUCUGGAGAAAGCACUGGAUGUACUCUUCCUAAUUCACGCGGACCACGAGCUCAACGCCUCUUGCACCACCGUACUUCAAACCGCAAGCUCCCUGGUUGAUCCUUAUUCGGCCGUUGCUGCUGGUUGCGCGUCGUUGUAUGGACCAUUGCAUGGGGGUGCUAACGAGGCAGUCAUCCGCAUGCUGAUCUCUAUUGGCAAGCCCGAGAACGUGCCCGCCUUCAUUGAGGCAGUGAAGAGACGCGAGAAGACGCUCUCCGGGUUUGGACAUCGGGUCUACAAAACGUCAGACCCACGCUCUUUUAUCGUGCGCAAGACCGCCGACGCCGUGUUUGCCGUCACCGGUAAGGAUGAGCUACUUGAGACCGCGAUGGCAUUACACGACGCUGCGAUGAAGGAUGAGUACUUCAUUAAGCGGAAGUUGGCUCCGAAUGUGGAUUUCUGGAGUGGUCUGAUCUAUCGUGCUAUGGGCUUCCCUCUCGACUUUUUCCCUGUUCUCUUUGUUGUGCCUCGCGUUGUGGGCUGGCUCGCGCACUGGCGUCAAAUGAUGCUGCAGGAAGGCGGUGUAAAGAUUUGGCGCCCUAGACAGAUUUAUACGGGCUCCGGAAAGCGGGAUUAUAUGCCCGUGGACGAACGUGGUACCGGUGAGGGCAAACUCGGAGAAACACCUUCGGUUGUACAGCAUGGAGGCAUCACGAAGCGCACCAUGCUUGCGGAUUUCAAGGGCAAAGCUAAACUGUGAUCUCCGUUUUGCGGCUCCGCAUUCUACUCCUGAAAUUUGUUUUGUAUCGAAUGUACAGUACAGAUUUUUCGACUGGAACGAUGCUGACUCUUU